GGCGGGGCCUCGGGUCGGCGGCGGCUGCGUCAUGGCGGAGGUGGCUUUAGACGCUGUGCGGAGGGAGUUACGAGAAUUCCCGGCCGCGGCAAGGGAGCUCAGCGUGCCUCUUGCUGUGCCCUAUCUGGACGAGCCCCCUACUCCACUCCACUUCUACCGGGACUGGGUCUGCCCCAACAGGCCCUGCAUCAUCCGCAACGCCAUGCAGCACUGGCCGGCUCUCCAGAAGUGGUCGCUCCCCUACCUCAGAGCCACAGUGGGCUCUACGGAGGUGAGUGUGGCCAUAACCCCAGAUGGUUAUGCCGAUGCUGUGCGAGCCGACCGCUUUGUGAUGCCUUGCGAGCGCCGCCUGCCCCUGAGCUGCGUGCUGGAUGUGCUGGAGGGCCGAGCCCAACACCCAGGAGUCCUCUAUGUGCAGAAGCAGUGCUCCAACCUGCCCACUGAGCUGCCCCAGCUGCUGCCUGAUCUGGAGCCCCACGUGCCCUGGGCCUCAGAGGCGCUGGGAAAGAUGCCUGAUGCUGUGAACUUCUGGUUGGGGGAGGCGGCUGCAGUGACAUCUUUGCAUAAGGACCACUAUGAGAACCUCUACUGUGUGGUCUCGGGAGAGAAACACUUCCUGCUGCAUCCACCCAGCGACCGGUCCGUCAUCCCCUAUGAGCUGUAUACACCGGCAACCUACCAGCUAACUGAAGAGGGCUCCUUUAAAAUGGUGGAUGAGGAAGCUAUGGAGAAGGUGCCCUGGAUCCCACUGGACCCCUUGGCUCCAGACCUGGCCCGGUACCCCAGUUAUAGCCAGGCCCAGGCACUGUGCUGCACAGUGCGGGCUGGUGAGAUGCUCUACCUGCCGUCCCUGUGGUUCCACCACGUCCAGCAGUCCCAUGGCUGCAUUGCUGUGAAUUUCUGGUACGACAUGGAGUAUGACCUCAAGUACAGUUACUUCCAGCUGCUCGACUCCCUCACUAAGGCCUCAGGACUCGAUUGAUGGAGCCCUGGUGUACAUUGCCAAGGACAGCUCGUGGAAAAGGUUGUGCGCCUCCUGGGCCUGGUCAAUCCUAGAGGCAGCCUGGAGUCAGAGCGUGUUGGCUGCUGGCCUAGCGCAGCUUGGGAUCAGCUUUGGAGGAUGUCAGGAGGACCAGGAGGUGCCAGGCAGGUCUGGGUGUGGGCUCCCAGGAAGUUGCCACACAGGUGAGGCAGCAGCCUGUACUGGAGGGUAAGGCUCCAGGUGCACACCGCCUCUCACCUCCAUGACCUUGGGCGAGUUACUGCCUUGGAGCAUUGAUGUCCUGUCUGUAAAACAGAAUAAUGAUGGUUCUUACCUCAUGGGGCGUUGUGAGACUUGGCGAUGAUAUCUGUAAGGAUAGCAUGGGGCUGGCACAGAGGAAGGGUUCAAUAAAAGGUACCUGUGAUUCUUGUCUGCUGAGACUCCCUCUUGAAGUUGCCUCCCAUGGUCUGGUGAGGGAUGGAAGGCUCAGGUAAAAAUUUCAGGGUGACCCUGAUUGGGGGUGAGGGCUGGGUCCAAGCCCGGGCCUGAUGAGCUGUGCUGCCGAGACCCUUCUAUCCGCAAUAGCGAUUGCAACCCCUCUUGGCAAGCAGGCCGACCUCGCUGUCACUCUGACGCAAACCUCAUUGACUUGGGGCCUGUAAAGCCCUUCCUAGCUUUGCCCUGGCUUUGUUUGCUCUCCUCCUUCAGCCCCAGGGCAGCUGGUAGGGUCUGGUGUCCUGAGGGUCACCCCUGUUUCUCCCAAAACAGGCACAGGUAGGAGGAGACAGAAGCCCCUGCCCUUCCUGAGACUGUUCCCCUGCGGAAGGACUGGGUCUCCACACAGACUUCCUCCUUCCUGCCAGCAUCCCAGCUCUGGAGAUG